GGUCAGGAACGAGAAGCCGGGGACAUCUGCUGCAAACAGGUGGUCCCCUUCUGGCCAGCAUCCCUCCACACACUCCGUCCUGUGACACACAAACACACUCUUAAUCGCACUUCUGGGCACAGCGUUCAUUUAACACACACUCACAGAUUUACCACUCCACCCACACACACAAAGGGGUUCACUUUCCACAACGCACCCUCACCUUUUACCUCACUGGCAGUAUCAUGCUGAGCCAGGACUUCUUGCAGAAGCUGAAGUUGCCAGAUCUGGAUGAUGUCAGCCAGUACAUCAGGAGUGUCUCCACCCCCAUGUUGGUCAGCAUGGGGGCAGUGGCUGCCGCAACGACAUACUACCUGGCAACACGACCCAAGGCCCUCCCACCCGUCUGCGACCUCCGCAUGCAGUCAGUUGAGGUUCCGGGCGGAGAGUUAGCGCGCCGAUCAGUGCUGCUGAACGGAGACGGUCACUUGACACAUUUCUACGAUGAUGCCAGAACAAUGUAUGAGUUCUUCCUCAGAGGGGCCAGAGUCUCCAAUAAUGGCCCCUGUCUGGGCUCCAGGAAACCAAAACAGCCCUAUGAAUGGAUGUCCUACAGAGAGGUAAUGGAGCGAACAGAGAAUCUGGGUUCAGCAUUUCUUCAUAAAGGACACUCCAAGACCACCGACUCCCACAUUGGCAUCUUCUCUCAGAACAGACCCGAGUGGACCAUCAGUGAGCUGGCAUGCUACACAUACUCUCUGGUGUCAGUGCCUCUGUACGACACACUGGGAACAGAGGCCAUUGGCUACAUUAUAGACAAAGCUUCCAUCUCAACUAUAGUGUGUGACGUAGUAGAUAAAGCAAACCUGGUACUGGACUGUGUUACGGACAAGGGGCACUCGGUGAAAACCAUCGUGCUAAUGGAGACCCCCAGUGCCGAGCUGGUCAGCAGGGGGCAACAGGCUGGAAUCGACAUCCUCAGCCUGCAGGAGAUGGAGGCUCUGGGGAAAGCCCACCAUCACCAACCAGUGCCUCCACGGCCUGAGGACAUGGCUGUCGUCUGCUUUACCAGCGGAACAACAGGAAACCCAAAGGGAGCUAUGUUGACACAUGGGAAUCUUGUGUCUAACUGUUCAGCCUUCAUCAAGAUGACAGAGGUUCACUGUCCAUUGUGUCCCAGUGAUGUCCAUAUUUCCUUCCUGCCCUUGGCUCAUAUGUUUGAGAGAGUAGUACAGGGAGUGAUGUUAGUGCACGGAGCCAGGAUUGGCUAUUUCCAGGGAGAUAUUCGUUGGCUGACAGAUGACCUGAACACCCUGAAACCUACUGUGUUCCCUGUGGUACCCCGACUCCUGAACAGAAUGUAUGAUAAGAUCUUCGGCCAGGCCAACAACUCUCUGAAGCGCUGGCUGCUGGGAUUUGCCUACAGGAGGAAGGAGGCAGAGAUCAUGAAAGGCAUCGUGAGGAGAGACAGUAUCUGGGAUCGACUGAUUUUCGGGAAGGUCCAGGCCAGCCUCGGCGGUCGCGUGCGUCUCAUGAUAACAGGAGCUGCUCCCAUCUCUCCCACUGUCCUCUCCUUUCUCAGAGCUGCGAUAGGCUGUCAGUUCUAUGAAGGCUAUGGACAAACAGAGUGUACUGCUGGAUGCACCUUGACCAUGCCCGGGGACUGGAGUGCAGGUCACGUUGGAGCGCCUUUGCCCUGUAACUUAGUUAAACUGGUCGACGUGCCUGAGAUGAACUACCUGGCUGUAAACGGGGAGGGAGAGGUGUGUGUGAAGGGUCCUAAUGUGUUCCAGGGUUAUCUGAAGGACCCUGAGAAAACUGUGGAGACUAUUGAUGCGGAUGGAUGGCUUCACACUGGAGAUAUUGGAAAAUGGCUUCCAAAUGGCACUCUGAAGAUCGUGGACAGGAAGAAGCACAUCUUUAAGCUGGCGCAGGGGGAGUACAUCGCUCCUGAAAAGAUAGAGAAUGUCUACACGAGGUGCGAUGCAGUGGCCCAGGUCUAUGUGCACGGAGACAGUCUGCAGGCAUGUCUGGUAGCAGUGGUGGUUCCUGACCCCGACUUCCUGUCUAGCUGGACCAAGAGGACCCUGGGACUGGAGGGCAGCUAUCAGGAACUAUGUGGCAGAGCGGAAGUCAAGGCAGCCAUCAUGGAAGACAUGGUCCGACAGGGCAAAGAAGGAGGCCUCAAGUCCUUUGAGCAGGUGAAGGCCAUCAGCAUCCACACUGAGCUGUUCUCAAUCGAGAACGGCCUGCUCACUCCAACACUGAAGGCCAAGCGGAACGAAAUGCGACAACAUUUCAGGUCUCAGAUAGACGAGCUGUACGCUGGAAUCAAAAUGUAGAAGGACCGGAGGAGAGCAAAACGGAGCGACAGACACAAGAGAUGUACCAAAGGUGUUUUUGGAUGAAGAGAAAAGGAAGAGGCAGAGGGCAGUACAAGCUAAAGCACACAAAGGGAAGCUAAUGAAGAAGUCCUCUCCGACCACAAGGAUCAUUAACCUGCUUAGUCCUCAUGAACAGUAUCAGUAGAUACAACAGGAACAUGAGGCGAUGUUGCUUUUAAUGGAACUUGAUUUAUUGAGUAUUUCAAACUAAAUCAACGAGCUUUAGGAUCAAUGACACAGAAUGCAAAACCUCUAAGGGGGUCCAGAGAAGAUUUUAUCCUUAAUAUGAAUUUUGUCUAUAUUAUGUGCAGUACAAAUGAUGUGACAAUGUGAUUCUAAUCAGCUUUUUUGUAAUAUUAGCUUCUUGAAGGGCAUUUUAAAGGGAAAUAUCAAAAUGCAGCUCUGUAGCACCAAAUAUCUCAGGACUUCAGUGUCAGGAACCACACACUGUACCUCCAACACACACAUACGCACAAACCUUUUAACUUAAAUGGUAAAGAGGGAA